AUGGCCGCAUCUCCACUGGACUUUCCACCACUUACCACAUCCACUACGACUGGUCCCCAUGCUGGGGGCGUCUCCUAUGCUGCUAAUGUUUCAGCAUCUUCGUCUAAACCGACUCCUUUCCCGGUAACCUACUUCACUCCUACCCAUAAGCUUUCGUUCAAAGCUGAUGAUCUUUCGGAAGGGAAAUCCAUUUGGACUUCUGCGUUGAUUGGUUAUUCGUUGGGUCCUCGUCCCUAUUAUGAACGGCUGCUUAAGGCUAUGCUGAAGCUUUGGCAGCUAAAGGGAUCUUUGUCUCUUCUCUCGCUUGCGGAUGGCUUUUUCUUGCUAAAAUUCUCGACUGAGGAAGAUCUGGAGAUGGUACUUUCGGGAGGACCAUGGUUCCUUCUGGGCAAACCUUUUAUCUUGCAACGAUGGUCCCCAAAAUUUAAGCCGAAGCGUGACGAGGAUGCUCCGAUUCCGGUAUGGAUAAAAAUAGUUGACUUCCCCCUGGCUCUCUGGACUCCAACUGAUAUUUCUAAAAUCUCCAGUUAUAUUGGUAUUCCGAUUUCUGUUGAUUCUCUCACUGCAAAUCGUUCUAGAUUAACGUUUGCUAGGGUUUGUGUGCUUGUCACGAAAGACUCGAUUUUGCCAGAUGAAAUUCCGAUUGAAAUCGAAGGUGAAGAUUUAUCCCUGAAAGUUUUAUAUGAUUGGAAGCCUGAUAAGUGUGAAGGCUGCGGGUCCUUGAUUCACCCGUUUUCUCUCUGUCCCAAAAAUCCAAACCCACAACCUAUUCUCCCUCCACAAUAUUUCAAAAAUUGCGGCAGAAGCACUUCCCGACAACCUGGCAAUCGACCUCAAAGACCUCAUUCUAAGAUACCUCCUCCAAAACCAAAUUAA